AUGAGCUGUCAAGUCUUUCCUUCAGCUGACACCUUCAUCCCUUUGAAUUCUGACUCGUCUCCCACUCUGCCUCUGAUAAUGCAUCAUAGUGCUGCAGAAUGUUUACCCGUCUCCAAUCAUGCCACUAACGUGGUGUCUACAGUCUCGUCUGUUUUGUCUUUGAUCCCAACUCUUAAAUGUUCCCGCACAUGCUUCUCCAUGGCAACUUUGGGAAAUGCUCUAUCAGGUCUGCAUUAUUCCGUCCCUUCCUGUCAUUAUGGAAACCAGCAGGCUGCAUAUGGGGUGAUGGCAGGCGGCCUUACCCCUUGUCUUUAUAAGUUCCCUGACCAUGCUCUGAGUGCCAGUUCAUGUGCUUUGGGUCACAGUUUUACUCCCAUGCACCCAUCUAUUCUUGGAGAUGACCCUACCACUGACUUUAAGCAGGAAUUCCGCAAGAAGAACAAGUCAAUUGAAGAGCCAAUAGACAUGGAUUCUCCAGAAAUCAGGGAGCUGGAAAAGUUUGCCAAUGAAUUCAAGCUGAGAAGAAUUAAGCUGGGUUAUACACAAACUAAUGUUGGAGAAGCUCUGGCUGCUGUGCAUGGCUCUGAAUUCAGCCAAACGACUAUUUGCCGGUUUGAAAACUUGCAGCUGAGCUUCAAGAAUGCUUGCAAACUAAAAUCAAUACUAACAAAAUGGCUGGAGGAAGCAGAACAAGUAGGAGCUUUAUACAAUGAAAAGGUUGGAGUGAAUGAACGGAAAAGAAAGCGCAGAACAACCAUUAGCAUUGCUGCUAAAGAAGCCCUAGAAAACCAUUUUGCAGAGCAAAGCAAGCCUUCAUCUCAGGAGAUCAUGAGGAUGGCAGAGGGGCUCAAUCUGGAGAAGGAAGUGGUGAGAGUUUGGUUCUGCAAUCGAAGACAAAGGGAAAAGAGAGUGAAGACAAGUUUACAUCAGAACACCUUUAAUUCCAUUAUUAAGGAUCACCAAGAGUGCCAGUAG